UGAAACUGUGUUAUUCUUGAUGUGACUGCUUAGUCCCAGUAUGAGAAGAAACUUGUAAAUAAUGACAAUUUGAACCAUAUUGUUGCUGCUUUCAAACUCUUUCACCAUUUCUAUCAUGAUUUUGGUCAUCUUAAACAUGUAUAUGAGCUGUGUAGUUCACAUAUAGACAUGACCUAUUAAAUCCACUGACAGUGUAACAUUGGAUGGGAGAACCCCGGUUUUUUAUGACAGUAUAUUGUUUGGACUUUAAACUUGAUUGCUUUACGGCUAUAAAGUAUGAAGCUGUUGGUUUAGAUAAUUGGAGUAUUUGGGUGUUUGAUUUCUGAAAUAUUGGCUGUAGUCUUGGUUGUCUGUAGUGCUAUCGUUGCUUGAUAUAUUAUUGAGACUAUUUUACUUGUUGGAAAAAAAAACCUAUGAAAAAGACACUGUCCGUGGUGCUGACCUUCUGUUUGCGCUACAGUAUUUUGUGGGGUCCUCGUGUGUUAGGCCAUGUAUGACAAUGGUUAUUACUAGUUGUAGCAAUAGUGCAAUUAAAGAUAGCAGUAGUUUUUCUUAUGUUAUUGUUUGUUAUUUUUUGUUGCAAUGCCAUCAACUAUAAUGCUGUGUUUCAUCUGCAAUAACUACGUUUUACGUCUAAAGAGCAAUAACUCUUUGCUUAAACUUCCAACGCGAUUUUUUUCCGUGGGGCCCAGAAUUCCUAUAUGCACCACUACAUACAAUGCUUACAAAUAAUACUUCAUUUAGAAAUAAAUCACCAAACAUGUUGUUACUGCACUACACUAAAAACAUAAAUAUUCAUGUUUGGACAUAAAAACAUUCUCACGAUAUAGAGAAACAGGGCAAUUAAAGUAAAACAUUUAAUAUACACUACUUUCAUACAACGCAAUACUAUUGUGUAGUAAAUUCACAUUUGGUUUGCAUUUUAUAAAAACAUUUGCAUCAGUUUCUUGUAGAAUGUAGGAUUUUGCUUGUUUUUUUUUAGCUGUCAGACCUAACUGUGUUUUUGAACAUGUUUAUUCAGUUGGUCUGUACCUUUGUAACUGUAAAGAUUGACUUACCUUCAAAUCACCACACGAGGUCGCAGUAGACCGUAAGAUAGCAUGAGCGUGUUCAAUUAUUCAACGUCCUCCCUGCAUGGUAACAAAAAAGAAAUCGUCAUCAGUCAGUAGUUCAUACGCACGAAGACGCACUCAAGCCUCAACAGUGGUACUGCACUUGGAUGAAUUAUAUCUACGGUGGAUAAGUGAUAUGGGGGAUUUGGUUCAUUUUGCUGAACCAACGAUGAGAACGCGUCAACAAAAAAGACACCAUGUCUGGAUUCACUUCGCUGUGCUUCUUUGUAUUUACGACUCGUCCGCUUCGCAAUUGUCCUACUCCAUUAACGAGGAGGUCAACAAAGGCUUUGUGGUGGGGAACAUCGCCAAGGAUUUAAACCUUAACGUGCAGGACCUGGACACCAGAGAUCUACGAGUGGUUUCGAGCUACAGUAAAGAGUAUUUUAAUGUGAAUCUGCAGACGGGGAACCUAUUUGUAAAGGAAAGAAUAGACAGGGAGGAGCUUUGUCCUAACCUGGCGAAAUGCUCGUUGAGGAUACAAGCUGUGUUAAACAAUCCGAUGACAGCACACCGCAUUGAGGUCAGUGUUUUGGAUAUAAACGACAAUUCGCCUGCUUUCACUGAAAAUGCCUACUCUUUGGAUAUUUUUGAAUCAGCCAUACAGGGAGAGCGCUACCUUCUCCCCGUGGCUGUGGACGCAGACAUUGGCAGUAACUCCGUGAGAAGCUACAAGCUGAGCAAUAAUGAACACUUUACACUAGACGUGCAGAGCGGAGGAGACCACGGCGUGUCUGCAGAGUUGGUGCUGCAUAAACCUUUAGAUCGAGAGAAGCAGUCGCUCAUUACACUCACGCUGACCGCUGUAGACGGCGGUAAACCUCCUAAAUCUGGCUCUUUGCAAAUACGCGUUAAUGUGCUUGAUGUCAAUGACAAUGUGCCCACUUUUAGCAAGUCGCUUUAUAAAGUGCGUGUGAGUGAAGAUGCCGCACAAGGCUCAGUUGUGAUAAAAUUAAAUGCAACAGAUUUAGACGACGGCAUGAACAGUAAGAUCCUGUAUUCGUUAAUUAAACGAGGUAACAAUGAUCCAUCAAAUGUUUUUAAUUUAAAUGCAGAAACAGGAGAAAUCACCGUGAAAGGUACAUUAGAUUAUGAAGAAACUCCUGCUUAUGAAGUCAGGGUUCAAGCAAUGGAUCAGGGCACAGUUCCUCGUAGUGCUCAUGCUAAACUGCUGAUAGAGAUAAUUGAUGUUAAUGACAACGCCCCCGAAAUAACGGUGACGUCACUUAUGACGCCAGUAAAAGAAAACGCAGAAUUGGGCACAAUAGUUGCUUUGGUUACAGUGAGUGAUAACGACGGGGGGAACAACGGUGUAACAAACUGUAAGGUAGUUGGAUCUGUUCCGUUUAAACUGAAAUCUAAUUAUAAAAAUGAUUAUUCUUUAGUAGUUGAUGGAGCACUAGACAGAGAAAACACUUCUCUUUAUAAUGUCCCCAUUAUAUCCACAGAUGAAGGAAGUCCUCCUCUGUCCACUAGCAGGAUCAUUACUGUUCAUGUUUCUGAUGUGAAUGAUAAUGCACCUCAUUUUAAGGAGCCUGUUAUUAAUGUGUAUGUCAAAGAAAAUAGUCCAACAGGAUCUUCUCUUUGUUCCAUAAAUGCCCUUGACCCUGAUUUGGAUGCUAAUGCAAAAGUGUCCUACACAUUGUUAGAUAUUUAUCCUGGAAAUAUUCCAAUAACAUCACUUCUAAACAUCAACUCAGAGAGUGGCGAUAUAGUCAGUUCGCAGUCUUUUGACUUUGAGAAGUUAAAGACGUUCCAGUUUAAAGUUCAGGCCACAGACUCUGGUGUUCCUCCACUCAGCGGCAACGUGACUGUCAAUGUUUUUGUCUUGGAUGAGAAUGACAACAGUCCCACCAUUCUGCCGCCCUAUUCUGAGCACAGCUCCGUUAACAGUGAGAACAUCCCCUAUUCUGCUGAAGCAGGAUACUUUGUGGCAAAGAUCAGGGCUGUAGACGCAGACUCUGGAUACAAUGCACUGCUCUCCUAUCACCUGUCUGAGCCCAAAGGCAACAACAACCUCUUCCGGAUCGGAACCAGCACCGGGGAGAUUCGCACCAAGAGGAGAAUGAGUGACAAUGACCUGAAAAGUCACCCCUUGGUGGUGUUGGUUUGUGAUCAUGGAGAAGCUUCCCUGUCAGCUACUGUGUCUAUUGAUGUGGUGGUGCUUGAAAGCACAGCUGACAUCCACACUCCGUUCAGACAUGUGCCCAUAAAGGAGGAGACCUUCUCUGAUUUACACUUGUACCUGCUCAUCGCCAUUGUGGCCGUGUCACUCAUCUUUCUGCUCAGCCUCAUCACUUUAAUAGCCGUCAGAUGCCACAGACAGACAGACGGCACUUUCGGCAGGUACGGCGCCCCGAUGAUCACCACCCAUCCUGACGGGAGCUGGUCUUACUCCAAAGCGACUCAGCAGUACGACGUGUGUUUCAGCUCGGACACACUCAAGAGUGACGUAAUGGUUUUCCCCGCACCUUUUCAACCUGUAGACGCUGAACUGAUCAGUAUUAGUGGAGGAGACACCUUUACCAGGACCCAGACUUUGCCUAAUUCUGAGAAGGUAGGCUAA